AUGUCAUCAAUAGAAGCUGAUAUAGAAAAAAACAAAUCUGAAGGUCAAGUUGAAUAUGCUUCAUCAUCAGAAGAUCAUCCAGAAACUACUGAAAUCUCAGAAGAACAUAAACAAUAUUUAAUUGCAAAACAUGGUACAUACGAAUUAGCUCCUUUACCAUCCAUGGAUGAUAAUGAUCCAUUAAAUUGGUCAAAUGGUUUUAAAUGGUUACAAUUGGGAAUGGUCGCUUUCCAUGCAUUUAUGGCUACUUUCAUUGCUUCAGGUUUGGUUCCUGUUGUUGGUUUAUAUUCAGAAGUUUUUGGUAUGCCAACUGCUGAUAUUACAUAUUUAGUUUCUGUUCAAAUUAUCUUGGUUGGGGUUUGUCCAUUGUUUUGGACCCCAUUGAUUGUUAGAUAUGGUCAAAGAUUAUUAUUAAUUAUUUCAGCUUUUGGUACUAUGUGUUUUUCAUUAGGUUCAGUUUUUAGUAAUAAUUAUGGUUCAAUGAUGGCAAUGAGAUGUUUGCAAGCUAUUAUGAUUUCUCCAUCUUUAGCUGCUGGUGGUUUAGUUGUUAAUGAUACUACUUUUGCUCAUCAAAGAGGUUCUCGUUCAGGGGUUUGGGCUAUUGCUAUUAAUUUAGGUACUAUGGCUGGUGCUUUAUUUAUGGGUUUUGUUGCUGAACAUCAAGAUGUAAAAUAUAUUCAUGUUGUUUUCACUUGUAUUAAUGCUGCUCAAGUUUUAGCUUACUUCUUCUUUGGUAAAGAAACAGCUUGGAAUUAUCAAGAUACUUCAAGAAACGUUACAAACGGAAUGAAACAAUUAAGAUUUAAAGCUAUUUUCCCAGAAAGAACAAUUACUUUAAAGGGAAUUUUUUAUCCAUUAACUUUUUUUGCUAACUGGAGAGUUUUUGUUGCUACUUUUGCUUACACUACCUUAUUUGUUUAUGAUAAUAUUGCAUUAAAUGUUGAAAUUCCAGAAGUUAUGUAUGCUAAAUUUCAAUUAGGUCCACAAGCUUUGGGUUUACAAUUCGUUUCUUUCAUCAUUGGUGCUGUCAUUGGUGAAGUAGGUGGUUUCUUAUCAGAUAAAAUUGUUGCUUGGGGUCAAAAGAAAGGAAGAGGUCCAUCUUUUAGAUUAUGGGUUACUUAUCCAGGUUUUGCUGCUUCAGUUGCUGGUUUAGUUGUCUUCGGUGUUGAGAUUGAUAGAGCUAAUACUUGGAACAUAAAGCCAUUAAUAGGGUGCGCUUUGGCAAGUUUUGGAUUGCAAAUAGUUACUUCCCCUUUCAUCGCAUAUUGCAUAGAUAUGGACCAUUCACAAGCAGGUGCCAUUAUUUUAUUUAUUACAGUUUUUAGACAAACCUUAUCAUUUGUUGGACCUUUUUACUUCCCAAUUAUGUUCCAAAACUUAGGAUUUACAGUUGCUUAUGCAGUGUUUGCUGGUUUGAUUGUUGGUUUAGGUUUGAUCCCAGCUUUGUUCUUACAUAUCAAAGAAGCCAAAAAUGGUAGAUAA